AUGGAUCGGUUUAAGGGAGAUAAGAUAGCUGCGUAUUACAACCAGUACCGUCCUUCUCCGCCGCCAGAACUGAAGGAUGCUAUUCUACAGUAUUUGGCUGAAAAGAAAGCUGCACCAUUUCGCCACGCGAUUGACGUAGGUUGCGGCUCUGGACAAAGCACGCGCAUUUUGGCUCGCGAUUUUGAUCAGGUGACUGGUGUUGACGUCAGCGAGUCUCAAAUCACGGUAGCCAAUCAGGAUGAAGAAAAGCCGAAGAACAUAACAUAUUUGGAAGGGACGGAGACGAACAUCCCUUGUGACUCCUCCUCAGCCGAGUUGGUGACAGCAAGUAUGGCAGUCCAUUGGUUUGAUUUGGACAGGUUUUACAGGGAGGUCGACCGCGUGCUCCAGCCAGAGGGAUGCCUUGCCAUCUACAACUAUAACCUACCGGAUAUUAUCUACCAAAGGAGACGAGCGGACAAAGCAUCGAAGGUAUUUGCCGAGGUGUUUCUUUCUUUCCUCGACAGCGGUUAUGCUGACCCGAAACAAAAGUUAGUUUUCGAUCCAAACGGCCUUAAAGGCCUCAAAAUGCCUUACGAGGAACAUAAACAAGUGCCGAACCUCUAUCUCGAUCAAGCCACCAACGUACGAGGGGUCAUAGGUCGUCUGCUGAGCUCAUCGACCUACCAGAAGUACGCCAAGGCUCACCCGGACGACACAGAAUUCCUCUCGAGAUUUCAGAAAAAAUUAUUGGCCAGCCUGGAUAAUCCUGAUACUGGGGAGAAUACGCCGGUUGUUUUACAUUACCCUGUAGCCAUGGUAAUGUCUCGGAAGCCAACAACAUGAUCGUCUAAAUCUCAUAAAGCACUGAGUAACUUGGUGUGUUGCUUCAAGGCAGUAAAUUCUAUGUUAAAAUUGAAGUUAUGAUCGCUAUACUGAAAA